AUGCCUAGGGGACUGAUGUUUGGGUCAUCCCCGGCAAGAAUUGCCACAAGUGUGGAACUGCAGUUGGUUGAUUGGGCGGCCAGUCCGCUAGAAACCGCUUCAACUCUGCUCGGGAGCAGGUCAAUCCGACUCCUGAGGAUGGGGAACAAGGACCGGAAACUCUUCACUGCCUUCCAGAAAACAUUCGAAUUCCCUGCGACUGUUAUUGAUAUCGCGCGAUUACCUGUUGUUGUUGUUUACAAUGAUUGA